UUUACUAUAUUUGUGAGGAUAAAAUGUCCUCACUUAUAAUGUGAAAUACUUUCACAACCCACUAGUAAGGACAUUUGACUUAUAAAUCAGCCAAAAGAUGUUUUUUUUUUUAAAUCUAGUGUUUUGUCUAAUGUUUCUGUGAUGAGUAGGUUUAGGAGUAUGGGUUGGAUUAGGUGAUAGAAAAUAUGAUUGACCUGAUAUAAAAUCAAUGGAAGUCUUUGCACUGUUCUCACUAAGAUAGCAGAUGUGUGUGUGUGUGUGUGGUCCUGGUAAACCCGACUUUGUGAGGACCAAAUGUCUCCACAAAGAUGGUAAUACCAGUCAUUUUUGACAUUUUUUGGUCCCCAUGAGGAAAACAUCUUAUGAAUUCAAUCCAAAUGAUGUUUUUUUUUUUUUUUUUAAUAAAAAAUGCAGAAAUUUUUCUGUGAGGGUUGUUUAGGGUUAGGGUAACGUUAGGGCUAGGGGAUAGAAUAUACGGUUUGUACAGUAUAAAAAUCAUGAUGUCUAUGGAAAUCGUCAAUCGUCCAGAUUUCGGUCAGAACCAAAUAAUGUUUUUUUUUGUUUUGUUUUUGUUUUUAACAUUACAAUAUUAUUAAGUCAUAAUCUAAUAUAUAUUUAUAAUAUUAAUUUUAUAAGUAUUGUAAAAUAGAUUAAUAGGCUAUUCAGGAUAACGCAGAGAGGGAAUGAUCUAGGAGCUCCUAACACCUGUAGGCUGAAAGGGGCGUGGCUUCACGCACACAUCUGAUCUAGACUUGGUAGUGGAAUCGCGCUCAGGUCACAGACGCGCUUCGUACCGUCCAAGAACUACUAAAAACUUCAGUUAUGAAUGAAAAUACUUGACUGACUAUCCACAGAGAGUUUAUUUUAAAGAAAGAAGCGCAGAAGCUUUACAAAGAGCCCUUCUCCAAGUGCCGUCCGCUGCGCGGAUGAGAGAAGAGGAGGACAUUUACAAGCUUGACUCGGGUUCUUCUGUCGGGGUUGAAUGAAUUGAUAUACUCAAACAAAAUAUAAAUUUUAACGACCGAGGGAAGGCAGAAGACAGCUCGGGGCAGAAUAAGAGCGCGAGAGUGACUAUCACUAGAUGCUAUAUGAGGUAUCGCGCGAGCGGGCGCUUUGUGAGGAGCGAUGGAGAGGCUGAUGGACUGGAGACCUCCAACAUUUCUGCUUCUCACCUUACUGUGGGUGUUUCCAGGUGAUUCUCAGCGGGUCGAGGUGCCACGGAAAGACAUGGAGGUAAUCAUGGGACAAAUGGUUGUUCUGGAGGCCUGGUACACCCCCACCACCUCCAUCGAGAAGAACACAGUCAUCUGGAGCUUCAUGGCCAAUGACUCCAAACAAGUCAUCUCCUAUUCCUCAGGGCAGAUUGGCAUCGGUAGCGCUGACUUUCGGAAGCGGGUGGGUUUUGCCAUGUCUAUGCCCUCCGCCAAUCUGUCCAUCUACAUAAACAACACGCAGGAGUCUGACUCCGGGCGCUACAUCUGCAAUGUCAUCAUCCCAGGAGGUAUAGGCCUGUUAGGGGAACUAAACCUCAAUGUUAAAGUUCCUCCAUCCACGCCUGUAUGCUCUAUGACAGGAAAUCCUGUACUGAGUGGAAACGUAACACUGAGCUGUAAAUCCAGCUAUGGCAAACCUGUUCCUCAGUACAAAUGGACCAAAGCAGCUCCUCUUUCUGAGGUCUUCUUCUCUCCCAUGCAAAAUGAGAGGCAGGGCACCCUUCGACUUAGCAACCUCACCAAAAGCAUGUCCGGCAAGUAUAUUUGCCGUGCCAGCAACACGGCUGGAACUGACAGCUGCCACAUCAAUCUAGAGGUCUCCACCCCUAACAACGCCUGGGUCAUCGCGGGGGCCACGGUGGGGUCUGUGGUGGGUCUGAUGGCUCUGGUCUUAUUCCUGAUCUUUAUCCUGAGGAGAAAUCGUGACACUGAGGAUGAAAUGGCCAAUGAUAUCAAGGAAGACGCACAGGCCCCGAAACGCGUCUCCUGGGCUAAAAGUGGCACAGGAUCGGACAUCAUAUCAAAGAAUGGCACGUUGUCCUCCAUAGCCACCAGCCCUCCUGCACAGGACCCUCACAAUCCACUCCAAAACAACCAUUACCCAUACCCCCCAGGUGCCUUGGACACCGCCUCCAUCCUCACCACUUCUGGUAGCACAACCACUUACCGCCUCCGCCCAGGGGAUCCCAACCCACUACACGGCCUGCCCGGAUACAACGCCAGCAGCACACCCAAUCACACACUUCGCCACCCUCACCAUCAUCGCCACCACAGUCCCGCAGGCCUCAACCCCAACAGCUGCUCCACACACAGGACUGAGGGGCCGCAGCCACAGGCCCCAUGUCCGCUCAACAUGCCUAUAAACACUGCUACUCUGUCCCGCAUGGGGGCAGUGCCAGUUAUGGUGCCCACCCAGAACCACGCCGGGUCACUGGUGUAACGUCUCUAAAGUCAAAUAAUGUGCUAAAGACUUUCAAAACUUAUGAGGGAGAGUUUUGACAAAGGUGGCUAUAAAUAUAACAAAAUUUGGCUUAGUUUUUAUACAGAUUAAAGUAAGUAAAGUAAAAUAUAGUUAAUUGUCAAAAACACCUUUGGUUUGUUUUAUAAAGUAUUCUAUGUGUUUUUUUACUGAGCAUAAUUUGUGUUUUGAUGUGUUCAUCAUCAAAUUGUUAUACUGACCGAGAACAGUAUUUUUAAUUUAUUUUGUCAACUUUACAGUGUUGUACAUUUAUAAGACUAGAUGUUAUGAAUGGACGCGGAUGUCACUGAUGAUGUUCACUGUUUAUGGAUUCAUAUUUAUCCAGUUAUUUAGUUAUUCAUUUAAAUUUACAGGUGUUAAUUCAAUAGUUCACAAAUAUUUUGCAUCGGCUGUUCUUGUGCCUCUUGUGCCUCCGUUUCUCUCAGGAGUUUUCUCUUUUUCUGUCAAGCAGCUGACAGAUAUCUAAAGAUGAGCAGUGCUUUUAUUUUCAAAAUUAAACAUUUCUGGCCAUUCAGAGGAAUUUAUAGUUAUAGUUUAUAGAGAAAAGGGAUGACUUUAAAAUAGAAAAUAAAAUGAAUACCCAUGAAAAUGCUAUCUUAAAAUGUCUUAUGAUUUACAUAAAUGCCAGAAACUGCUGUGCUUGUUUACUGGAGCAGGAAGGACUCUUAGUCUGUAAAAAAUUUGAUCAUGUAAGUUACAUGGAAGUGUACGUUUUUAUUCAUUCAUGUGUUCAUGAUAAUAUUUGAAAAACUAGCCUUGUGGUUUAAUGACUUGAAUAUUGGAAGCAAUGUUUUAACAUUUUUGAUAGUUUGAUAUGUGUUAAUGCGGAAUGUUAUUCUCUGUGCAGGCCUUUUUCACUCAUUUUGUUAUUUCAAAAUUGGCAUCAUAUACAAUAGAAAAACCAUUAUGCUGUAACUGUCCACAUGAUGGAAGCAGAGAGGCAAGAAAAAGUCUUGGAGGUGGAAAAUGCCUCAGUGAGGUUCAAGUGGUAGUACUUGUUUUGAUCACUUACCAUAAUGUUCUGCUUAUUAAACCAAUACAAAAUUGCAUUGUAAAACAUUGUUCAAAAUUUUAUAUUACAGUUGAUUAAAAAAAAGCAUAGUUCUUUCAUGUGGCAUUUGAUUGACCCUGUCAUUAAACAAACCAGUAUCUUAAAUAUUAGAAUCAGAAACUUUAUUUUAGGUGUAGCAUUUUUCUUUUUUAACUUGGUUAAGAUCCCGGACGAGCCCCCAAUUUCUAUAAUGGCCAUAACAAAAAUGUCUUUUUCUUGUUAACACCUUCAAAAUCAACCUUUUUUUUAGAAGUUAGUAUAAAAUCAAUAUUGUUGUUCAUAAUAAUAUUGGUUGUUGUCUUAGCUAUGGAAUAGGCGACUUUUUUCAUGGGUGAUUUUUCUAACCAUUUUUUAAGAAAAAGCUUUAGUAAAGAACUAUAAGAAAUGUUUAGCCACACCUACCUCCCUUUUUGCAAGCACAGUCUGUACAUUGUUAUGCUUUCUGUUAGUCAGAGCCUACCAGUUAUGAGCUGUUUCUUAUCUCAGUGCAAGGACAACAAAAUAUUAAAAAGAUAAUGCCAUUUGGUCACACUGUCCUCACAACAUGGAUUUUAUUCCAGUACUUUGGUGAGUAAUUCCAUCGCCCUUUUCAGUCAUUACAUACUGAAUUGAAAUAGGUUUAUAAUUAGUAUAUAGAAAAUUGAGUUUUUAAAUUGUUUUUAAAAGAAAUCUCUUAUGCUCACCAAGGCUGCAUUUAUUUGAUCAAAAAUACAGUAAAACAGUAAUAUUGUGAAAUAUUACACUUUAAAAUAACUUUUCCAUUUCGGUAUAUAUUUAUUGUUGUGAUGGCAAAGCUGAAUUUUCAGCAUCUUCAGUGUCACAUGAUCCUUCAGAAAUCAUUCUAAUAUGCUGAUUUGCUGCUCAAGAAACAUAUUAUUAUUACUAUCAAUGUUGAAAACAUUUGUGCUGCUUAUUUUUUGUGAAAACCAUGAUACAUUUUUCAUGAUUCUUUCAUGAAUAGAAAUAUCAAAAGAACAGCAUUUAUUUGAUAUAGAAAUCUUUUGUAACAUUAUAAAUGUCUUGUGACUUGUGAUCAAUUUAAAGCAUAGCUACUUUCUGAAUAAAAGUAUUAAUUUCUUUUUUUUUUCUUUCUUUCUUUCUUUUUUUUUUUUAAAAUCUUACUGACCAAAACCUUUGUAGUGUAUGUUGUCCUGUUUUUAAUUUCAUUAUGAAGUUAUGAUUAAUAAUUAAGGUUUCUCAAGGCAUAGAGCAUAACCUCC